CAUGCGGCUGAAAGGCGCAUUGAUGCAGCCGGCGGUGGCCUCGGAGCGCGGCGGGGCCGGAUUGUGAUCACGUCCCGGCUCCCGGGUCGUCGCCUCCUCCUCCUCCUCGCCUGCUCUGCGCGUCCCGGGGCCGCCGCGCGCCAUGCGCCUCCAGGGCCCCGCCACCGCCUCCCCGCAGCGGCUCCUCGGCCUCCUGCUGCUCCUGCUGCUGCAGCUGCGGGCGCCGUCGAGCGCCUCCGAGACCCCCAAGGGGAAGCAAAAGGCUCUGCUCCGGCAGAGGGAGGUGGUGGACCUGUAUAAUGGCAUGUGCUUACAAGGGCCUGCGGGGGUGCCUGGGCGAGAUGGGAGCCCUGGGGCCAAUGGCAUCCCUGGUACCCCUGGGAUCCCAGGUCGAGAUGGAUUCAAAGGAGAAAAGGGGGAAUGCCUGAGGGAAGUCUUUGAGGAGUCCUGGACACCUAACUAUAAGCAGUGUUCGUGGAGUUCACUGAAUUAUGGCAUAGACCUUGGAAAAAUUGCGGAGUGUACAUUCACAAAGAUGCGUUCGAACAGCGCCCUAAGAGUUUUGUUCAGUGGCUCGCUUCGGUUAAAAUGCAGAAGCGCAUGCUGUCAGCGUUGGUAUUUCACAUUCAAUGGAGCUGAAUGUUCAGGACCUCUUCCUAUUGAAGCCAUAAUUUAUUUGGACCAAGGAAGCCCUGAACUGAAUUCGACAAUUAAUAUUCAUCGCACUUCUUCUGUGGAAGGACUCUGUGAAGGAAUUGGUGCCGGACUAGUAGACAUUGCUAUCUGGGUUGGAACUUGCUCAGAUUACCCGAAAGGAGAUGCCUCUACGGGGUGGAAUUCAGUGUCUCGUAUCAUUAUUGAAGAGCUGCCAAAAUAAAUCCUUUCGUUUUUGUUCCCUACCUCUCUUGUAUUAUACCUUUGAAUGGUUCAUUUUAGUGACCCCUUAUAUAAUUUUUAUGUGUACAUCAGAAUGAAAAAACAAAACUAAAUGUGUUUACACACCAAAGUGUGAUUUCACACUGUUUUUAGAUCCAGUAUUCAUUUUCCUUCCAUCAAAACUGGUUUUGGGAUUUUUGUAGAAAAUUAAAAUACUUUCUUCAUAUUCCCAUUCCCUGAACCUAUAAUUUGGAAUGUUAUUGCGGUCUCCGUUUCUUUCCUGUUCUCUUAGUGUAGCACUUUUUAAAAUAUAAAAGCUACCAGUCUUUGUAUAAGUUGUAAAUGUUCAGAAUUGUUUUAUAUCUGUGAAAUAAAACUUAUUUCAAACAAC